GCGGUGGUGGGGCCCUCAGGGCUGUGCUGGCUCUGGGGUGAGCCCGCUCUCCUCUCCGCCUAGGGCUGAGCAAGGGAAGAGGAGCUCGGUUUCCUGAGGUAGAUGUUUUUGCCUCAGCCCCGCUCUCCAGAGGAAGGUCUCUCUUGCUUACUGUUGGACUUCGACAGACCUAAUCUGUGAAGGUAAUUAAAGUUCCUUUGCUCUGAAUGCUCUAAAAAGCUUGAUAAUGGCCCCACUACCGAACGCUGAAUUAGUUCAGAACUCUUUGCAGUUAUAUCGUUACCUGCUUCGAUGCUGUAAGCAACUUCCUGAAGAGAAUAUUCGUCAGCAUUACAGACAUGCAGUCAGGCAGAGUUUCAAAGUUCAUGCUGAUGAAGACGAUCCUGAGCGAAUCCAGCAGAUUAUUAAGAGAGCCAUUGAAGACGCUGAUUGGGUCAUGAAUAAAUAUAAAAAACAGAAGUAGAAGAGGAAUGAAGACAAGAAUGGAAUUGGUAAACAUCCUUAGAGGACUUGCAGUCAAGCCCAGUACUAUAUUAUAGUUAUUGCCUGGAGUUUUCUCUUAGAUAAUACAAAUACAAUAAUUUAUAUUUCAUUGGGAUGUCGUGAAGCUGAAUUAAUAUUUGUGAAGCUGUUUGAGUCUGUAGAUUAAAAGGCACAGUCUAGGUUCAAAGCAUUAGCUUGUAUAAUCACAAACUUUAGCUUAAAGCCCAAACUUGUCUAAGCUUUGAGUAACAGAGAGCUUCUCAGGAAAACUUACUGAGAAUAAAAAUGUAAUGGAGUACAAGUCAUUAACAAAUAAUAAAUAGUGCCCUGUCUGUCGUUCAUAUCUGAUGAAUAACAGUGUCUCAUCUGAAAGAACUUAACUAGUAUCUGAGCAUAAAGGGCUAUACUGGGAGCCUGCAAACCUGAGAAAUGCUCAUUGAGGAUCAGAGCAAAUUUCUCUUUACUUGAUUGUGAACUACAGUAUACUGUUAGGCCUAGAUCCACCAUAGCAUAGCAGUGUUUGAUACACUUAUUGUGUAGGUUAUUUGGUGCUAAGGUUCUUCUGCAAACAGUGGAUUUAAGUGGAUCUUCUGUAACAGUGGAUUUAAGUUUGUGUAAUGUUCUGAAUUAUAGUAGUCAGUCUGUUAUGUCAGAUCAUCCUCUGUCAGGACCAUAGAUAUGCUUUCAGAGUGAAGCAGAGGUAUGACCACAGCACAGGUCUGGUUUUAAUCUAGUAGCAGACACAAAAGCAUAGGCUACUGAGUGGAGGACAUACCCACAAGAACUUUAAGCUCAUCUGAAAGUUGAACCACAGUAUUUUCCACUUGCCUGUCCAUGCUACAGGCUUGUCUUUGAUGUACUCUGUAGGUUUGCACUUGAACUAAGGGUUGUCUUUUCUUAUUUAAAGAUAGAUACCUGUCACCCUAAUCUCUAAACUCUCAUGAAAACGGACACCAUUCAGAUGGGUUUUGUGCACUGACUGGUAUAAUCACUGAAAUGUGCAAUGUUGUACAGAUAUAAAGGCCUUCACAACUUUUUGCAACAUAUAAUAAAUGUC